AUGACCAUGAGUCAAACAGAGAUAAAAUUAAUGGAGGAGUUCAAGAAACUAGCCCAUGAGGCAUUGAAAGAAUUAUCUUUGUGUCUAUUGAAACCAACACAAAGCAGGAAAAUCUCUAGCCAAGCAAAAACCAUAUGGAACCAAGAAAAUCCGAGUGGUGGAGUCACCUUCAUUCUCUUGGGCUCCUCAGAAUAUCUGGAGCUCCAGCUGCCCCUCUUCCUGGGUUUCCUGACCAUCUACAUGGUCACUGUGGUGGGGAAGCUGGGCGUGGUCCUGAUUAUCAAGGUCAGCCCCAGACUCCACACCCCCAUGUGCUUCUUCCUCAGCCACUUGUCCUUUGUUGAUUUUUGUUACUCAGCAGUGGUGACACCCAAACUCCUAGAAAAUUCAGUUGUGGAAGACAGAACCAUCUCCUUCCCAGGAUGCACCAUGCAGUUCUUCUUUGCCUGCACAUUUGUGGUGACAGAAACAUUCAUCUUGGCAGGGAUGGCCUAUGACUGCUUUGUGGCAGUUUGUAAGCCUCUUUUCUACACAGUUGUAAUGUCCCAGAAGCUUUGCUCCUUAUUGGUGGGUACAACAUACUCUUGGGGUAUAGUCUGUUCCCUGACUCUUACUUACCUUCUAUCAGAAUUGUCCUUAGGAGAAAAUAAUAUCAUAAAUAACUUUUUCUGUGAGACGGCCACUAUUGUUGCUGCCUCCUGCUCUGACCCCUACAUUAGCCAGGAGAUCACGUUAGUCACUACAACAUUCAAUGAAAUAAGCAGCCUGAUGGUCAUUCUUACUUCCUAUGCUUUCAUUUUCGCCACUGUUAUGAGGAUGCAUUCCACGGAGGGGUGCCUCAGAGACUUCUCCACAUGUGCCUCCCACCUGACUGCCAUUACCAUCUUCUACGGGACCAUCCUUUUUCUCUACUGUGUUCCUAACUCCAAAAGUUCAUGGCUCAUGGUCAAGGCGCACUCUGUCUUCUACACAGUGGUCAUCCCCAUGCUGAACCCACUGAUCUAUAGUCUCAGGAACAAAGAUGUGAAAGAGACUGUUAGGAAGAUAGUCAAUUCCAAAUUAUCAUGUCAAUGA